UUAGACUGCGCAUGCGUGUCAGUGGCGUUUGCAGCGGACCGGGCUGGCAGUUCCUUCCUCGGAAGGAAAGAUUCCUCUGCCAUGGAGUCAUACGAUGUGAUCGCCAACCAGCCUGUUGUGAUCGACAACGGAUCCGGUGUGAUUAAAGCUGGUUUUGCUGGUGAUCAGAUCCCCAAAUACUGCUUUCCAAACUAUGUGGGCAGACCCAAGCAUGUCCGUGUGAUGGCAGGAGCCCUCGAAGGUGACAUCUUCAUUGGCCCCAAAGCUGAGGAGCACCGAGGGCUGCUGUCAAUCCGCUACCCCAUGGAACAUGGCAUUGUCAAAGACUGGAAUGACAUGGAGCGCAUCUGGCAGUAUGUCUAUUCUAAGGACCAGCUGCAGACCUUCUCAGAGGAGCAUCCUGUGCUCCUGACUGAGGCGCCUUUAAACCCUCGGAAAAACCGGGAACGAGCCGCAGAAGUUUUCUUCGAGACCUUCAACGUGCCAGCUCUCUUCAUCUCCAUGCAAGCUGUGCUUAGCCUUUAUGCCACAGGCAGGACCACGGGCGUGGUGUUGGAUUCCGGGGAUGGUGUCACCCAUGCAGUCCCGAUUUACGAAGGCUUCGCCAUGCCUCACUCCAUCAUGCGCAUCGACAUUGCUGGCCGAGACGUCUCCCGCUUCCUCCGCCUCUACCUACGUAAGGAGGGCUAUGAUUUCCACUCCUCCUCCGAGUUUGAGAUUGUCAAGGCCAUAAAGGAAAGAGCCUGCUACCUGUCCAUAAACCCCCAGAAGGAUGAGACGCUGGAGACUGAGAAGGCCCAGUACUACCUGCCCGAUGGCAGCACCAUUGAGAUCGGCCCUUCCAGGUUCCGGGCCCCUGAGCUGCUGUUCAGGCCAGACUUGAUUGGCGAGGAGAGUGAGGGUAUCCAUGAGGUCCUGGUGUUUGCCAUCCAGAAGUCUGACAUGGAUUUACGGCGUACGCUUUUCUCCAACAUCGUCCUCUCAGGAGGUUCUACCCUGUUCAAAGGUUUUGGUGACAGGCUGCUGAGUGAAGUGAAGAAACUAGCUCCGAAAGACGUGAAGAUCAGGAUAUCUGCACCCCAGGAGAGGCUGUACUCCACGUGGAUUGGAGGCUCUAUCCUUGCUUCCCUGGACACCUUUAAGAAGAUGUGGGUCUCCAAGAAGGAGUACGAGGAAGACGGUGCCCGAUCCAUCCACAGGAAAACCUUCUAAUGCUGAGACACCACCUUCACCUCUCUCUGAAGUUAACUCCACUUGAAAACUCGCUUUCUGGAGUUGGAGUGUUGGAGAGGAGCUGCCUGUGUGUGUGAGUGCGUGUGUGGGUAUGAGUGUGUGCGCAUAUCGAGUGCCGUGGGGCCCAGGGAUCCCGGGCCCAGAAAGGACAUUGAACUACGCACGAUGGGGAUGGAUGGCCUGAGGCCUGGGGUUGACUACUAACUGGCCCCUUCCAGGGAAGAGCUCUGGCAGAGGCCCACUCUUUUCUCGGCUAGGCCUUUGUCUGGCUGUGUGGAACUAUGGUGAUUACCAUAGAGAGACCUUGCUGCUGCCAAUCAAGGCUGGGCUGGCCCCAUCCCACCCCAGAAUGCCGAGGCUGGAGGCAGCGCUGUCUGCCUGUUCAUCAUCCUGCUGUCCAUGCCUCUGGAUCAGACUGAGAGCUGAGGCUGAGUUCUGUCUGGCUCUGUUUCAGGCUGGGUUUGGGAGACUGAAAAACACUCCAGCAGUGCUUGUAGACUGGGUUCAGGAGAGAGCAUGUCCACUUGGGAAGCAGGUAGGACCACACUGGGCAUUUGGGGACAGGAGAUAGCUUCAGGGUUAAUUUACAAGCCCCAGCCACAUCCAGGGGUCCUGGGGACUCUAAGGACCUGUGGGCUCCAGGGCCUAUUUGCUUCUCAUCCAUCCUUGUUUCAAUGCCAUCUUCACAGUUUUAUUUAUUGAAGUGUUUGUUCAGUAAAGGGGCUGCAGGGAGGACUCACUGUCCCCUGCCCACUGGUCACCUUGCUUACACUAAUGUUUACAGCACUAGUUUCCACAGCACCCAUGGCCAUCACUCCCUGCUGAUGAACUGACAGUAUUCGUAGGCCGUGGGACCCUGCGGGAUUGGGGGCUGCACCAAGGCACCCCAGCCGGGUUCUUUUCUACUUCCUCCACUUGCUCACUGCCCUGGAACCACCAGGCUGGUGCAGUUGGAUUUUCCCAAACAGGAAAUAGCAUCAUUGUUUGGCAGAGGCCCUUGCGAGGGAGGUAUGUUAGAGGUCUAGACCCAUGAAAACCAAGAAAGCUGCAGUUAACCAUAUUGCCUUUCACCGACCGCUCUAGCUGACCAGAGAGACGAAGGGAAAGGGGCAGGGAGGCCCCUUCUGGGUUGAUCAAAGCCACUUCUGACUUUGGACCUUUUCGGGAAUGGAGAGAAGGGGCCCAAGUGCCAAGAACUGAUGGGCUCACACGGGCUCUCAGAAGCGGUCCAAGGGCCUUUGUACCCAGACGGUACAAAGCUAGGGUGAGUCUGUCUUCGCCUGCUCCUUCACCAGUGGUAUCGAGUUCCACCUCAGUUCCAUAUUCCAGACAGUAUUCUCUCUCCACUGUCCUAUGACCAAAGGCCCCUGCCAGAUGUGAGCCGAAGCUGGUGUGUGUGGCAUCGAUGUGGCAACCCGUGGACUGCAGUGCGCUUAACCAGUUCACCUCUCUUAGCCCAAGCCUGUCCCUUGCACAGCCUCGCAAAGUCACAUUGCCUGGUGGGGCCCAGUGUACUUAAAUAAAGUCGUUCCAGUAGAUACAUCGAUUCAGCCUUUCU